AACCAAAAUAAUGGUGCGUUAGACAACCCAGUGCUUUCGCGGCCCAGCCAAUUGUUUGUUUUUGUGGUUCUGCUUUGUCAUCAACAGCAAGGCUUUUCUAAUCUCUGCCACAAAGGCAACAAUGCGCUUUGGAAGGCCCCAGGCUCCCAACAUGCGCGGCCACAGCCAGGGGCAGGUUUUCAGGGCUAUUUCGCCACCAGCCAGUGCUGUGCAGUGCUUAGUGUAGCAUGAGACAGCCAAGGGUGAGCACCCGAGUUUUCACACAAUAAAGGUGCGGAAGGGGACCAAGCGGGGGAUACCACCAUCCCAAGGGAGAGAAGCCUACCACCAUGUUCAAGACCAGCUACCUGCGCGAGGUGCGCAAGGAAAAGUACGAACGCUCAGAUGUUUUUGAUGAGGAACCCGAGGACUCUGAAUCGUCUGCAGGUAUCUCGGCCAUCCAGGGCUGGGAGAGCCUUCAGGAACUCAACAGCCGCUUUGCCCGGUACAUCAACAGGGCACGGGUCCUGGAGCAACGCAACGCUGUGUUCCGCAAGCAGCUGGAGACACUGCAGCGGAUGGAAGAAGCCAGCGGCCUGGAGGAAGCCUUCACAGAGCAGAUUGAAGUCAACAGGCAGCGCAUCCGAGAGCUGUUCUCUGAGCGCGCCAAGCUGGAGCGAGAGCUGAAAGACGCCUGCCGUAUGCUGGAUGAAUUCACCAGCAAAUACAGAAACGAAUGCGAUUACCAAGAACAGCUACGGGGCACAUUGGAACAGUUAAACAAGGAGGCUGACAGUGCUCUGCUGAGAAACCUGGAGUACCAGAUUGAAUCACAGUUCCUGCAGGACGACAUCAACUCCACCAGAGACAGACACAAGAAGAACCUUGCAGAGAUUCAGACCUACGUAAACAUUUUGCAGCAAAUCAACCAGACACUUCCCCUUGUUCCCAAUGUGUCACUGGGCAUAUCCGAGGAGCAGGAGAAGCUGCUGGCCCAGAGGAAAGUGCCAGGGCUACAGAGUCAGCUGGAGGAAUAUAAGAGCGCCCUCUGUCAGCUGCAGGCCCAGAAACAACGCCUUCAUACUGAGACUACGGUGUUGGAGCAAACCAUCAAAAACACACAGGAGAGUUAUGAUGAUGAAAUACAGAUGUACAACGAAAAAAUCGAAUCUCUGCGGAAAGAGAUCGAGGAAGCUGAGAGGUCUCUGGAGAAAUACACAAGUGAAUGUCGCCACCUGGCCAUGUACCAGACAUCUCUUGAGAAUGAGCUGGAGAGGUACAAGAGGAUCAUUGAGAAUGAAGACAACAGGUUGAAUUCAGCAAUAAUUGGCACUCCCAUUACCCUGUUCACUACUAAUUAUCGCUACACUCACACAUCCACUGCAUCAAGCAGGGGGAGAGAUAUCACCCAGGCUAUCCAAGAUAUCACCAGCGUCAAGCCUCGUCAGAAGAUUUUCGCUAAGAAAGUCCUGAAGAAGAAAGAGCUGACCCCGAAAGUUGUGAUGGACAGUGGCCAGGAGGAAAGAAAUGGGGCAACCGCAGGAGAAGCUCCAGAGGAAGAAACAAAGGUGAUCCUUGAGGAAGUGCAGGAGGAGAGGGUGAAAAGAAAAGACCAGAGUCCUGUUCUCACUGGAGUGUCUCCACAGGACGUCCCAGAUGGAGCUCAGAUCAGCAAGGCUUUUGACACUCUUUGUAACAUAGUCAGAGACAGAAUGAGGAAGUACAAGAAGCCUGAGCCAAUUGCUGACUUCUACACUAAAGGUCGUUAUGUCCUUGUCACCGGUGAUGGAAGCUACCUAGAUCCCUGCUUCUACACCUCCACACCAUCAGCCGGCCAUAUCAUCGUCACUAUCAGAGAUGGAAUGAUGUCUCCCUAUGAGAUUUACGGACGCAGCACACCCACUCCUCCACCUCCUCAGCCCAUGGCAGACCCAAGGCCUCUCAGUCCCACCCUGCCUUCUCAUGAAGGAGGACGCAAGGAGGAUGACAAGGGUGAAAGUGGUAAAGAUAGUAAUGGAGGUAAAGGUAAACAUAAGAACGGAGAGCCUCACUCUCAAUCUAAACAUCCGCGCCCAGUCUCUCCACCCUCUGGCCCGGGAUCUGGCCCAAAAGAUCCCACCCCAGCUGCCAGUCAUGCCAAGAAAAGCAGGGAUGACAAUGGGCCAAGUGGGCCCACUCCAAAGCCUGCACCUCGUGGCAACAGCACCAGUUCCAGCUCCAGUACCAGCACCAGCACCAGCACCAACACCAGCUCUGGUAGCUUUAGCCCAGACGCCAUGAGCUAUGAGAAAGUGGAGGUGGUUGAGUCUGUGGAGAAGUUCUCCAAUGACCGCAAAGUAAAAGGUUAUGAAGAGACUUCCAUGGUGGUGGAGACCAUGAUCGAGAAGUCCAGGAAGAAGAAACACUGAAACCACAUCACCUGACGUGAAGAAUCAAUCAAAUCCACCAGGGUCAUACAUGGUUCAGGUCCAGUAACACGGAGACAAUACGGAUGUUGGUAUCAGACUACAUAAAUACCAUUGUUCCUCAAACUACUGUAAUAAGAGCAAUGUUUUUGUCUCAGAGACCAACCAUGAUUAAAGAUCCGCUACACAUUCCUGCUCUGCUAUUCAAUGCUCUUCCAUUUGCUUGCAGUCUCUGGUCUUGUGUCCAGAAUACGUUCUGCUGGUUCCAUUAAGUGCUGCUGUUGUUGUUUGACUUAACAUCCAUGCUCAUGCUAUGAGUCCUUUACUGUCUGAAAACUUGGGACAAUGAGAAACAAAGCUCCACGCCAUCAAUAAAAAUUAAAAAGAAAUGUAAAAACAACGAGAAGCUGUGCCACCCUCUGAACUCUGUCUUAGAACUCCAACCCCCCUUUGAACUCAUUUGUUCAAUUGGAUGCCAUUGCCUGCCCUCAGCACAAUUUUGCUGUGUAUUAAUUUGCUUUGAUAUACUGAAUAAUAAAAAAGAUU